CCGUGUGGUUUAUAACCUUACAGUUGGGACUGGGUUUCUCUCCCUUCCUUUCCCUCUCCUACUCCCUCUCCGUCCUCCAUUCCUUGAGCUCGCAAUAGGAUCAGCCGUAGAGCAAGGAAAAUAUAUUUUAUAUAGAAAGAGAAAGAGAGAAGAAAAGUUUCUUCCAGAAGCCUAAGAAAGAAGAGGCUUCUUCUUCUUUUCUUUUCCUUUUUUUUCUUUAAAAUUUUUUUAUUUCCUUGCUAGUUGCGACCCUUCCCUUCUAAUUUCUCCCUUCGCUCUUUAAAUAGCUCUGCUGCCCGCCUGCUUUGCUAUAUAUAUAAAUCGAUUGGGGGUGGCAGUAGGCAAAAGAGAGGAGGUUGGCUUCCCUUUUUUUUAAUCUUCAGCCGCAUUGUUGGCCCUGGCUCUUUGAUGGGAUGGGUGUUCAGGUGAGAGGUUGAGAUCUCAACUGGGUCUGGGUGUUAGCUGAAUUCAAGUACCUCCAGUAGCGGCCCUCCCCCCCCCUCCCUCUCUCUCUACUCUUUCUCUUCAGUCUUUCCUUGUCGGAAUCCUCUGAGGGCGUCGGGCGAAUGACUGACAGUCCAGCUCCACUGCAUUCCCUUGCGUAGUUUCCCAGCAAAGCUCAUAGCAACGAACAAUCAAUCAUAGAAAAAGGGCAGAAAAAACAAAAAAAAAAAGAGAAAAAGAAAAGAGAGAAGGGGAAGGCCCUUAUAAAUCCGUUCAGAUCAGCCCCAUUAUUUUCCCCGGCGGCCAUUCCCAAUCUCUUCUCUCCCCUUCCUCCUCCUUUUCCGCAGAGAGAUCAUGGAGACAGAAUCGUCGACGGCGCUGCUCCCGGAGGCGUUCCAGGGGGCUCGGGACGACAUCACGGAGCAGAUGGGGCUGGUGUGGCAGCAGAUCAAGGCUCCGGUCAUCGUCCCGCUGCUCCGCCUCGCGGUGCUUCUCUGCCUGGCCAUGUCGGUGAUGCUGUUUGUGGAGAGGGUCUACAUGGGCGUCGUCAUUCUCAUCGUCAAGCUCUUCGGGAAGCGCCCCGAGAAGCGCUACAAAUGGGAACCAAUGCGGGACGACCUCGAGCUCGGCAACUCCGCCUAUCCCAUGGUCCUCGUACAGAUCCCCAUGUACAACGAAAAAGAGGUAUAUCAGCUGUCAAUCGGAGCGGCAUGCGGGUUAUCAUGGCCGUCGGAUCGGAUCAUAAUCCAAGUGCUUGAUGAUUCCACCGAUCCUGUUAUUAAGGAUCUGGUGGAGCUGGAGUGCCAGCGGUGGGCGAGCAAGGGGAUCAACAUCAAGUACGAGAUCCGGGACAACCGGAACGGGUACAAGGCCGGGGCGCUCAAGGAGGGCAUGAAGCACAGCUACGUCAAGGACUGCGACUACGUCGCCAUCUUCGACGCCGACUUCCAGCCCGAGCCCGACUUCCUCUGGCGCACCAUCCCUUUCCUCGUCCGCAACCCCGAACUAGCCCUCGUCCAGGCCCGCUGGAAGUUCGUGAAUUCGGAUGAGUGCUUGAUGACAAGGAUGCAGGAGAUGUCCCUGGAUUACCACUUCACUGUGGAGCAGGAAGUGGGAUCCUCAACCUAUGCUUUCUUUGGCUUCAACGGCACUGCUGGGGUGUGGCGGAUAUCAGCUAUCAAUGAAGCAGGAGGUUGGAAAGAUCGAACCACAGUAGAAGACAUGGACUUAGCUGUCCGAGCAAGCCUUAAAGGGUGGAAGUUCCUUUUCCUUGGAGAUCUCAAGGUUAAAAAUGAAUUACCAAGUACUCUGAAGGCUUACCGUUAUCAGCAGCACAGGUGGUCAUGUGGACCAGCAAAUUUAUUCAGAAAAAUGUUGCUGGAGAUUGCAAAGAACAAGAAAGUAUCUCUCUUCAAGAAGGUGCAUGUGAUCUACAAUUUCUUCCUUGUCCGGAAGAUUGUCGCUCAUAUUGUAACAUCUGUGUUUUACUGUAUGGUAAUCCCUGCAACUGUUUUGGUCCCUGAGGUGGAGAUACCAAAGUGGGGUGCAGUUUAUAUCCCCUCGAUCAUUACCCUUCUCAAUGCUGUGGGAACUCCAAGGUCUCUUCAUUUGCUCGUCUUUUGGAUCCUUUUCGAGAAUGUCAUGUCAUUGCACAGAACAAAAGCAACUUUCAUCGGCCUGUUGGAAGCAGGGAGAGUGAAUGAAUGGGUGGUCACAGAGAAGCUAGGAGAUGCUUCGAAAACAAAAGUGGCUGCCAAAGCAGCCAGGAAACCACGGAUCAGGAUAGGUGACAGAUUGCAUCUGUUGGAGCUUGGUGUUGGGGCCUAUCUCUUCUUCUGUGGGUGUUAUGACGUGGCAUUUGGAAAGAACCAUUACUUCAUAUACCUCUUCCUCCAAGCAAUUGCUUUCUUCAUUGUUGGUUUUGGUUAUGUCGGCACAUUUGUCUCGCAUUCCUAAUGGAUCUUGGGUGGGCAUAUUACCAAAGCCUUCAAUAUCCAUUGUUCUGCCAUCUUGUCUUUCUCAGGUCCUGCAUAGAAGCAUAAGCAACCUCAUUUGAUGUUUGUUGUCAUGGAACAAACUCAUGUACAGAAAGCUCCAUAAAUCUCCACUGAUGCAAAGCAUUCUUGCAUGGAAUUUGCAUCGGGAUAUUCUAUUAUAAAAGUACACAUGUCGUCUACAGAAAUCUGUUAGAUACAAAGGAGAUCAUGGACGAUCAACAAGUAGGAAGUUUGGGUCUCCUUCACAGAAGCAGCAGCGGUGGAGAAACAAGACUUUAAUCUGAAGGUGAUAAUGUGUAAAGAAGCACAUCUAGAUGGAUUGUGAGUGUUGGAUUUUUCAAAUUCUUUUCUCCUUUUCUUUGCAAGUGUAUGUUUGGGAAGGAAAAAAAAUAAGGUGUUAACUUAAAAGUGAAUUUUGCAAUUGUCAUUUGCGUCUGUCUUAGCAUUUUGCUUUGUAAGAGAUGAUAUAGUUGGUCAAUUUGGUGUAAAAGUUACUGUUUUUCCAUGUUCUUCUUUUGGCUUCUUCAUUUAGAUGAAUCUGAAACCCUUGUUAUAA